AUGGAACUGAAUCUCAUUUCUUUAUGGUUUUUCAUAUGGGUCAUUCUGGUAAGAACUGUUGACUGUUUUAAAGCCGAGCCGUACUCUUUCACCAAGAACGAAUUGAACCAAUAUAAGGACCAAGUCAAGGAGUUAUUCUAUCAUGGAUUCAAUUCUUAUUUAGAAUAUGGAUACCCGUAUGAUGAGGUACUACCCAUCGCGUGCGUUCCUAUGAAACGGAGAUUCGAUGAUCCUUACGAUACCAAUACCAACGAUGUCUUGGGUAAUUUCACGACCACUUUAGUCGAUUCAUUUACGACACUCGCUGUAUUGGGCGAUAAGAAGGGAUUCGCUGAUGCAAUCAAUUUAUUUCAUAAAACGGUGCCCGAAACUUUUGAUAUUGACUCUACGGUGCAAUUGUUUGAAACUACAAUUCGAUUACUCGGUGGGAUGAUGUCUGCGCAUAUAUAUGCAACAGACCCACGCACCAAGGUUUACUUGGGUAAAGAUAACUAUGAUGGAUUUUUGCUACGAAGAUGUAUUGCCCUAGGUGAUAAGUUGCUUAUGGCAUACCUAUCUCCCACAGGUUUACCUGUACCCAGGAUAAAUCUCCGUUACGGUACUCGGAUUGAUCCCAAACUUAUUGAGGAGAAUAAUGCUGCUGCGACAGCAUCUCCAUUGUUUGAAUUCAGGCUGCUUUCGAUGUUGACGUUGAAUGAUACUUACCGCGAAGUCUCUGAAUUUUCAUUCAACAGAACCUGGGAUCUUAGAUCAGAAUUGAAUCUCGUUCCAAUGUCGUUCAGUCCAUACGAUACCACGAUAUACAACGAGGUUACAGGUAUUGGUGCAUCGAUUGAUUCAUUUUACGAAACUGCUCUUAAGGGUUCCAUCUUAUUCGAUGAUUCGUGGCUCUAUAGUGUGUGGGAAACUGCAAUAUCCGCCCUUAACUCUUACUCAAAGACAGAUUGGUUCUACAGUAACGUUGGAGUAUCUCAUGGUAAAACUGUCGUUCUUUGGAUAGAUUCGUUAAGUGCUUUCUUUCCUGGUCUACUGACUUUAGAUGGAAGGCUGGAAGAUGCAAGGAAGAAACACAUAAUGUUUUCCAAACUAUGGUCUACAUACGGUGGUAUCCCAGAAAGAUGGAACUUUGUGCAAUCGCCACCGACCACCGAAGAAUUAGACUCACCCUCAUUGUCGAUAGAUUUAGAAUGGUAUCCAUUGAGACCGGAGUUCAUUGAAUCGACGUAUUACCUUUACAGAGCCACUAAAGACGUUUAUUAUUUGAAUAUCGGUAUUCGAAUUCUAAAAGAUCUACAGCAUCGCUUCAAGACUAGGUGUGGAUUUGCGGGGCUACAGGAUGUGACUACUGGAGAAGUUCAAGACCGAAUGGAAUCAUUUGUCCUAGGGGAGACGUUGAAGUAUCUGUAUUUAUUGUUCGAUGAGGAUAACGAAUUGCAUACAACGCUAUGGAAUCAUAUUUUCAGUACAGAAGCGCAUCCAUUCUGGAUCGAUGUGGGUUUAAAGAGACGUUACGAAUCAUACAGGAGGGAAGCAGACCCACCUCAUGUUACUACAGAAAUGUACCAGUUCCAUUUGCUAAAGGCGAAAAACUGGAUGAGAAGGACCAAAUCUCCUAACAGGAGAAUUAACCAUGCUAAGAAGAAACUAGAUGGCCAAUGUAUUUCUCCUGAACUGGCGUACACCAAGAGACAAUCGAAUAGACAAGGUUUCCAAGAUUCCGACGUGCUAUCCGAUCCAAAACUGUUUGAAAUAGAUUUCAGAUAUCAGGCUACCUUGGAACAACCUGCAUGGAACAAAGGAUACAUACCUUUCGAGCUAACACCAGAACUAUACUCUCAUUGGUCUUUCUCCCAACAGAAAAUUUGUCUGGUCCCAUUGACAAAAGCAUUCGAAGGAACCAUAGGAAGCAGAGACCCGGACUCAACACUGAUAUCGACACACCAAUGGUCUUCUGACGCUCGAAUGUACCGGUUCCAAUCAAUCUACGGUAUCAAGAUCGCUUUCCUCGAUUUUACAUGGCACCCGAACUCUAUUGAAGUGCAGGACCCUAACUCGAAAUUCGAUCUAUAUGAUGUCUUGAACAAGCAAAACUGUAAACCCAAAGACGAUACAAGCAUACAUACCUACACAGUAACCGCAAUAGAUGGCAUUGACCUUGGUGACAACGACGUAGUCGUUGUCAAUAAAUCAAGCCUCUUCUUCGAUGACUCGAGCAAAGAGAGCUACAUCUCGAUAAAUCGCAAAUCUCAACUGCUCAUCAACUGCAUACCAAUAACUAAUAUCUUCGUUUUGUAA